AUGGGGAAAAAGGAGAUGUCAGCUACAACAGCAAGAAAACGAAAUGAAGGAGAGGGACCGCCUUAUGAGUUUUCAGUGCAAAGAACUGUGAGAAAACAGCCCGAGUCGUUACACAGGCAACUCAAAUACAGACCAAAAAUGGAGGCUCUGGAGAGCAGUGAAAACGCUCAGAUUCCAAAUAUGGUUUCUCUCAGCUCUCCUAAGAGGACUGUGGAACAGUCUCCCGUAGAGCCGCUGAAAGACAGCGAUCUUGAAGAAACACCCGAGGACCUGCCCGUCAGCCAAGAAUAA